CGAGAGCACGCCGGGUAGCUGGGUUCUGGGGCGGCCCUAGCCGGCGAAGAAGAGUUGCAUGUGUCGCUUUAGCUGGCGGGAGCGGCGGGACCGGAGGCGGCGAGGACUGUGUGACCGCCGGGGUUUAUGAAAUGGCUGCUGACAUUUCUGAAUCCAGUGGGGGUGAUUUUAAAGGUGAUCCGAAGAACAGUGCCAAGUUAGAUGCUGAUUACCCACUUCGAGUCCUUUACUGUGGAGUCUGUUCAUUACCAACAGAGUACUGUGAAUAUAUGCCUGAUGUUACUAAAUGUAGACAAUGGUUAGAGAAGAAUUUUCCAAAUGAAUUUGCAAAACUCACUGUAGAAAGUUCACCCAAACAAGAAGCAGGAAUUAGUGAAGGUCAAGGAUCAGUAGGGGAAGAAGAAGAAAAGAAAAAACAAAAGAGAGGUGGAAGGGGUCAAAUAAAACAGAAAAAGAAGACUGUACCACAAAAGGUCACUAUAGCCAAAAUUCCCAGAGCCAAGAAGAAAUAUGUGACGAGAGUGUGUGGCCUUGCGACUUUUGAAAUUGAUCUUAAAGAAGCACAAAGAUUUUUUGCUCAGAAAUUCUCCUGCGGUGCCUCAGUAACAGGGGAAGAUGAAAUCAUCAUUCAGGGGGACUUUACAGACGACAUCAUUGAGGUCAUUCAGGAAAAAUGGCCAGAGAACAUCGGGUCAGAAGGUGAGAAUUCCACCAUUGAGAAACAGCGCAGGGAGCUACAGCUGCUCAUUGGAGAACUGAAAGACCGAGAUAAAGAGCUCAAUGACAUGGUGGCGGUGCAUCAGAGGCAGCUGCUGUCGUGGGAGGAGGACCGGCAGAAAGUGCUGACUCUGGAGGAGCGCUGCAGCAAGCUGGAAGGUGAACUGCAGAAAAGAACAGAAAUCAUCAGGUCCCUCACCAAGAAGGUCAAAGCCCUGGAGGCCCAUCAGCUCGAGUGCCAGGGUGCCCUGCAGAGGACGCAGCUGCAGCUGCAGGAGAUGGCCCAGAAGGCGACGCACUCCUCCCUGCUCUCUGAGGACCUCGAGGCCAGGAACGAGAACCUCAGCAGCACCUUAGUGGAACUUUCUGCUCAGGUGGGACAGUUACAAGCUAGAGAACAGGCUCUCACGACAAUGAUAAAGCUAAAGGACAAAGAUAUUAUUGAGGCAGUCAAUCACAUCGCAGAUUGUUCGGGUAAAUUUAAAUUGUUGGAGCAUGCCUUGCGUGAUGCUAAGAUGGUGGAGACUUCUAUCGUGAAGGAAAAGCAAGAUUAUAAGCAGAAGCUGAAGGCACUCAAGAUCGAAGUCAAUAAACUGAAAGAGGACCUAAACGAAAAGACAACGGAAAACAAUGAGCAGCGAGAAGAGAUCAUUCGCCUCAAGCAAGAGAAGAGCUGCCUGCACGAUGAAUUGAUCUUCACCGUAGAGAGAGAAAAGAGGAAAGAUGAGCUUUUGGACAUUGCCAAGUCAAAGCAAGAACGUACAAAUUCGGAACUUCACAACCUGAGGCAGAUUUAUGUAAAACAACAGAGUGACCUGCAGUUUCUUAAUUUCAAUGUGGAAAAUUCUCAGCAAUUUAUACAGAUAUGUGACUCGAAGAUGGAAGACUCGAAGGGCCUGGAAUCCAGCCGAGACAUGUGUUUAUCGGACCUUGAAAAUAUCCAUCCAAAAGUUGAUAUUAAGAGAGAGAAGUCUCCACUUAAGGACAAUUUCGAGGCCAUGUUGGCUCAGCACAGUCAGUCACAGAAGAGCUCCUGUGAUGUUUGCAAGAAGAAGCUGCAGAUUAGUACCACGUUUGGGGGAAAAAGUGUAAUUACUCUCUCAUCUCUGUUCACCAAAGACUUAACAGAGAAACAAAAAUCUUGGCCUCUGGGUGGAAAAGUCUCCAUUGAACCUGAAAGCAAAGUCACCUCCUGCAAGCUCCACACAAAGUCCCCGAGGGGUGGCGGCGCUGGCUGCCCGGGCCUGGCCGGCUGUGCUGCCCCCAGGCAAGCGGAAAAGCUGGACGGGGACGAUGGCGAGCCCCUGGCAGGGUCUGAAAUGCAGUGCCUGGACGACAGUGACCUGGGUGACUCCACGUGCUGCCACCCGAGUAACUUCAUCAUCGAAGCCCCUGGCCACAUGUCAGAUGCAGAGUGGAUCAACAUUUUCAAGCCUCCCAAAAUGCAGAGAAUCGUCCGCCACAAAAGUGUAUGCACUUGUUCCGGGAACACUGGUGGAGACUCUGAUGCCUCAGCAAGUGAGCUGACUGCCAUCCAACAGCCCCAUUGCUUAAGAGCCUCGAAGUCCACUGAGGGGGAGGAUGAGAUGGAGGCCUUUCCUGACAAAAAGAACUCACCCAUGAGUUUAUUAAACAAAGACGCAGCACUGUCUAGUGAAAAGGAUGACUUCUCCCCCACGAGCAAGCUGCAGCGGCUGCUGGCCGAGUCGCGGCAGAUGGUCACGGACCUGGAGCUGAGCACACUGCUGCCCCUCGGCUGCCAGGACCCAAGCGGCGGUACCAAAAGCGAAAUCUCCGAAGAGUCACCUCAAAAGAAUACCUUCGUUAGACCCUGAAGAAGACAAAGUCAAGUGCAGCGUUCGCGAAGGCCGGGUGAAACGUUUGGGGAUGACACUAAGAAGAAGAGGAUUAUGAGAGGACACAGGCCGCGGGGCAGCCGGAGAAGGCCCAGGGUAGGACAGCGCCGCC